AUGGAUCAAAACUAACAAUACUUAAUUGAAGUUCUUGCCAGGAAAGUAACACUAGAAUUAUUGAAUCCUCUUUAGAAUAGGUAAAGAUGUGGUUUAUGUAGAAUCUUAAAUUUGUAACAAGAUUAUACCAAUAUUGACUCAGCCAUUAGCAAGCACACUUAGGCUAUUUCAAUUAUUAAUUAACAAUAAUAGCAAAGACAGCUCUAAGAUUCAAUGUACUUAAAGAAUAUCAACGAACUACACGGCACCAUAAAUUCUUUGGAAGAAAAACAAACCUUAGCAAUUUAAACUUAAAAUUAAACAUUCACUAAUCUAAUGGACAGGAUUGAACAUUAUAGUCAACAGUUGAAUGAGAGAUCAGAAAAGCUAAAAGAGUUACAAUAAUAAUAUCAAUAAUUGAAGGGAGAUCAAGGCUUUGUUCAUCAGACUUAUAUCACAAAUAUUGAUAAUAUCCAGAAGAGAGUCAAUCAAUUGAUUGUUUCUUCGAGAGAGGAGACUGAUGGAAAUAGAUUCUCAGUAGAAAAAAUGGAUUCUAGAAUCUAAGAUAUGACAGAAAAAUUGAAUAAAAUGAUAGAAAAGGCUGAAUAAUACCAAUCAACCUUACAGCAAUAAAAGGAGUUGAACCAAUAAGUUCAAGAGAUGGAUGAAUAAUUUGAAUUGUUUAAACAGUAAGCAAUGCUUAAGGAGGACCACGAAAAGUCUGUUAAAUAGUAGAAUGAUCAAUUAAAAAGCGAACUUAACACUAUUCAAUUUAAAUACCAACAAAUUUUGAGUUAAAAUAAUAGAAAUAUCACACAAAUGUAGUAAUAAAUUGACAGCUUUUAAUAUUAAAGGGAGGAUAUUUAGAGAUAAUUUUAAACUUGUUAAGGAUUGAUCAGAGAUGUGAGAGUAGAAGUUGAAGCAAAAAAUGGAGAGGUAAUAAAAUCUAUAAACAAUCUGAAAUCAUAAUUUGAAUAGAGAUAUGAAGAUUGGAGUGAAACCUUUCACAUUGUUUAAAAGGCUGUGGAACAAUUUAAGUUUGAUUUUGCUAGUAUGAAGUAGAAUUACAAGAAGAAUCUUAUGAAAUAUGAUGAAAUAUUCGAAUAAUACAAAGAAAAGUGUGACAAUGAUAUCAUGUCGAUGUUGAAUAGAAACACAAAUAUAUAGAAAUAAUAUUUAGAUGAAUAAAUAUAAGUAAUGGACACUCAUUUUAUGGAGGAAUUACAAUCUUUAUAAAAUUAGUUGGUUCCUAAUAUUAUUCAAAACAUUACUUCACUUGAUAAUGAGGGAAAAUAAAGUCAACAAAAUUAAAAGCAUAGCAAGUAAGAUGUUGAUGAUGCUUAAAUGAAACAACAUAAACUUUAAGUUCCUUAAAACCUACCCCAUAACAAUCCACAGAGAAAGAGCAAAGUAUUAAAAGAUACAACAGAAACAGAAUCACCCUUAGGGAUUAAUAUCACCAGCGUUUAUGUUUCGGCUAAUAAAUCAAUUAGAUCAAAUAGUAGAGUUGAUGGUCAAAUUGAGUAUUAAUCAUAUCAAAAGAAAUAAUCAGUAUCAAAGGUUACUGAUAACUUAGAAUUGAUAGAGGUAAAACAAUAGAUAGAGAAGGUGCUUGAGUCUCAAAAAACCUGUUAAAUUUAAUAUUAACAAUUGGAUAAAGAUUUCAAGCAAUUGAAUGAUAAAGUCAAGAAACAACAUGAAAGAUUAGAAUUCUUCUUUUUGUAAACUAAAACGCAAUUAAACAAAUACAAUUCUAAAAUUGAUACCAUUUAAAAUGAUACUAAAUAGGUAUAACCAGAUAAGGAAUUUGUUGAUUUGAAUUACAUUAAAAGAGAAAUUGAAUUAUUGCAAGGCCAAAUUACUAAAAUGAAAUCUGAUAUUUAAAAUGAUGCUACGUUUGCACAAUAACAAAUUAAGAAUCUUCAGAAAAUUAGAGAUUAAAUUCUACCCAAAUAAUUAGAGUAAUAAACUAAAAUGGAUUAAUUAGAGGAAUGUUAGAAGUUGAUGAUUAUUUUAUUACUAUAAAAUGAAUUGGUUUAAAUUAGUCAUGAAGAUGGAUUAUAUAGAGUAGAUUAGAAUCUUAAUAAUUUGCAUUUCGAAUUUCAACCAGGAUUGAGGGAUGAAAAUACUCAUAUCACAUUUAGACAAUAGAGAAUCUCUAAAGUAGAUUUCAUUUUGAAUCAAAUAUUGCCAAUCAAAAAAAUUAGUUUAUCUACCAGCAGAAUAGAUCACUCUUUAAAUUUAUCAUAAUCAUAGACCCUAAGGAAGUAAUAAACAAAUAGAAACCUAAAUAAAAAUAGCAAAACAAACAACUCUGUAAUUGUUGGAAAAAACUCAAAAAUAAAUGAAUCAACUAGAUUAACCAUGAGGAACACAAUGACUGUUGAAAUGAGUCAAAAAUAUAUGAAUAGAAGCUAAAGGCAGAAAGAUACUUUUAACUAAGCAAGAAUAUCAUUAUCAAAUUAGCGAUUAAACUAUACUCUGAAUGAUGAAACAAUUUGA